UCCCGCGAUACCGCCAUCACCUCCAUCGGCACUCGUCGACUACCAUGGCCGAAGAUGCAUCGCUACCGCAGUCAGAACCCUCACAGGCCUCCACUUCCACUCCCUCGAAGCCAGCUGAUGCCAAUACUCAGCUGAGCAGCGUCCCGCAGCUGCACCUCGUCGCUGAUCUGCCCUCACACUCGGAUCGAGCAUGGUCUGCUGCAUGGAAUCCACGGCAGGCACUCCUCGCGACUUGCUCCACUGACAAGGACGUGCGGCUCUUCUCUUACGCUGCUUCUUCGUCCUCUGCGGCAGCGUCGACCAGCAGCGGCUCCGGUCAGAUCGACUUUACUCUGCGGGAGACGAUCCCCACUGGCCACAAGCGCACCGUACGGCAGGUGGCCUGGUCACCCUCUGGCCGCACACUGGCCACUGCCUCGUUUGAUUCGACUGUAGGCAUCUGGCAGCCGCUCGAGUCCUUUUCCAAUGAGCCAUCGACGGUAGACGUGGCUGGCAACCCUUCACAGGGCGCAUCCUCGUCGCUGGUCUGGGACUGCAUCGGUACACUCGAGGGCCACGAGUCCGAGUGCAAGUCCGUCGCAUUUUCGCGUACCGGGUCGCUCUUGGCGAGCUGCUCCAGAGACAAGUCCGUGUGGAUAUGGGAGGUACAGCCUGAUGGAGACUUUGAGUGUCUGAGCGUACUCAUGGAGCACUCACAGGACGUCAAGUGCGUCGCAUGGUCUACUGCAGAGGAUGUCCUCGCCAGCGGCUCCUACGACGAUACGAUCAAGCUGUACCUCGAUGACCCAGGGGAGGACUGGUUCUGCUAUGCCACACUCACAGGCCACACUUCUACCGUAUGGUCUCUCAAGUUCUCGCCCUGCGGAAAGUACCUCGUGUCGGCCAGCGAUGAUGAGACGCUGCGUAUCUGGACUCGGCUGGAUGAGGAAGAGGCAGAGCGGAGAGGACUCAAGGUGGAUGGGAAGAUGCCUGGCAGAAAGGGAGAAAAGUGGAUCUGCACAAACAUCGUCAAGGGAUGGUGGACUCGGACAGUCUACUCGGUCGACUGGGCGAGGGGAAGAGAGGGGACACUAGGCAGGAUCGCAGCGGGGGGAGGUGAUGGCAGGAUAUGCGUUUUUGAAGUGCUACCGCCGUCUUCCCCCUCUUCCGCCACACCCAUCGUCAAUCUACACUCCACCGUCCAAGACGCACACGGCGUCUCAGACCUAAACGCCCUUUCCUUUGGUCCGCCCGACUUGAGUGGACGAGCAUCCGGCCUUGAAGCAGAGGAUUUCCCAGAUGCUCCUCAAGAAGGUGAAGAGAGCAGAUUCCAGGAAGUCGAUGAUGAUGAGGAUGAGGAGAUGGGUGAGAGUGGAGCAAGAGCGGGAGCAAAGCAGGACCAGAGGUGGGAUGAUCUCAUCUGCAGUACUGGCGAUGAUGGGACGGUGAGAGUGUGGAGGGUACCUGCUUAAGUUGCACAACAUCACACCACACGCAGUGCAGUCUUGACGCAGCAAAUUUAAUACAAUAGAUGUCGCAUACCCACUGCUUUCAUGUACAAAAUACACAAUGCGGGCUCCCACUCUCCUCUAGGAGCCCGAAUCAGAAGUACUCCAUCUGUCUAGCCAAUUCGCUCAAUUCGACCUUCUUCCCCUUG